GUGAGCAUGGGUAUAAAGGUCAGUGGUGCAGCAGUCCUGUGAGCAGGGCCGGGCAGAAUUCCACUUCGCCCUUAAAUCCAUGCUUGGAGAAGCUCCAAGAGAAGAUCAGAUGAGCCCUGAGGAGAAAACGCACAGUAAAAGUUUGCUCUGAAUUCCCUUCUGGCUGCAUUUGGCGUGUAAUCGAGACAGCUGGCCAGCGGGACUGACAUCGAGGCGGAGAGCUGCAGCUGGAUGAGGGCAUCUGUGGGUGUACUCGAGUCCCUUGCUUCUCCCAGGACACCAUGGUGCACCGAGUGGCUGUCAUCGGGGCCGGGGCCAGUGGGCUGGUGGCCACCAAGUGCUGCCUGGAUGAGGGUUUGGAGCCCACCUGCUUCGAGAGAAGCGAGGACAUCGGGGGGCUGUGGCGCUUUGCAGACAACGCAGACUGCGGGAGGGUCAGCGUGUACCGCUCCAUCAUCAGCAACACCUCCAAGGAGAUGUCCUGCUUCAGUGACUUCCCCUUCCCGGAGGAUUUCCCCUCUUUCCUCCCUCACAGCCUCUUCUUGGAGUAUUUCCGCAUGUACGCUCGGCACUUCCAGCUCCUGAGGCACAUCCACUUCAAGACAACAGUUAUCAGUGUGAGGAAGCGCCCGGAUUUUGCCACCUCGGGCCAGUGGGAUGUGAUCACUGAGACAGAGGGCAUCCAGGAGUCACACAUUUUUGAUGCUGUCAUGGUCUGCGCAGGAAACUUUCAGAAGCCUCACCUGCCGUUGGCUUCUUUCCCAGGUAUUGAGACCCGCUUCAGAGGUCAGUACUUCCACAGCCUGGAAUACAAAGAUGCAGCUGCUUUCCAGGGAAAGCGGGUCCUUGUGGUUGGCAUUGGGAAUACCGCCUGUGAUAUUGCUGUGGAUAUGAGUCGUGUGGCUGCAAAGGUGUUUCUCAGUGCCAGGAGCAGCACAUGGGUGUUCAGCCGGGUGGCAAACCAUGGCUUCCCGUGGGACAUGCUCAACACCACACGCUUUAAUCACUUUCUCGAAUGGCUUCUCCCAUCAGCCAUCAUGAAAAGGAUCAAGAUUUGGAAGAUGAAUUCAUGGUUUAACCAUGAGAUCUACGGCUUGGCUUCUGCUAAAAGUUCCAGUUUUAAAUUCAUUAUCAAUGAAGAGUUACCAUUUUGCAUGCUCUCUGGAACCAUUGUGCUGAAAUCAAAUGUAAAGGAGUUCACUGAAACCUCAGCCAUUUUUGAAGAUGGAACAACUGAAGAGAACAUCGAUGUGGUGAUCUUUGCCACAGGCUACAACUUUUCAUUUUCCUUUCUUGAAGAGUCGAUUUGCAACCCACUCAAAAGUAAUCGUACCCUCUAUAAAUGUGUCUUCCCACCCCAACUGGAAAGGCCAACGCUAGCUGUCAUCGGUUUGAUCCAGCUGACUGGCUCUGUGAUGGUGGGAGCAGAAAUCCAGGCUCGCUGGGUGACAGGAGUCUUUGCAGGCGCAUGCAAACUCCCUCCCAGCAGCAAGAUGAUGGCUGAAGUCUCGAAAAACCAGCUGCCAGUCAAAAGGGAUGUGCCUGAGAAGCGGAACUCGAGGUUGAAUUUCAUUAGUUACACCAAUGAGAUUGCUUCGUGUGCCGGUGUGAAGCCCAGAGUGCUGCAGCUGCUCCUGACCGACCCUUGGCUGGCCCUGGCUGUCUUCUUCGGGCCCUGCACAUCUUACCAGUACCGCCUGAUGGGACGGGGGCAGUGGAGUGGGGCCAGGGCUGCCAUCUUGACGCAAUGGCAGCGGGUCUUGAAACCUUUGAGAACUCGGGUGUUGGAGGACAGUGCCUCCUCACACUCCUGGCGCUGGCUGGGCCUCCUCGCCCUGCCCACAGCACUGGUGGUAGGGUUCCUCCUCUCCAAAUGUCCCAAGGUGGGGUGGGCUCCCCGGGCACGACAUAUGUUCUAGAAGAGACCCUAUGAGGAUGGUGCCAUGCUAUGCCAACAGGGUGGUGUUUGUGGGUCCAGUGUGUGUGGGAUCUCACCCCUCUGUCCCUAUCUGUGGGUGAAAUGCAGCAGGACAGGACUGUGGGGAGGUUUGGGAUGAGGCUGAAGGGCACGGGCCUCCUCAGCACUGCGGAUUUGGGAACAGCAGUUGUGUUCAUAUGGAAACUUCUGGGAGAGGCUAGCUGGAAAUAAACCUCAGAGUGAGCUUCUAAUGGUGCUACGCA